AUGUUAGUUGGUCUUCACAUUACAGAGCUCAUCAUGCAUCCAACCACUUUCCCCCUCUUAGCAGCACUCGCCCUGCUCUCGCCAUCGCUCGCUCAGCACCCACUCGACUCACUCAAAUGCCGUAUCCCGGGUGUCGGAGCAUGGAACAUUGAUCCUGCGCUCGGAGACAGAAGCUACAACGCCUCGGGCACCCGUCCCUUCACCUGGAACAACACCGCCGCCCGCAACUUGAACCUCACAGAGCCAUGGCUCAUUUCUGUCAUCACAAAUGACACCGCCCGCGGCCACCACGUCACGCCCGGCAGCAACUACGAGGGAAAGAUCUCUGCGGAGGCUGUCACCAACAAAGGCUACCUCAGUGUACCUGACAAUGUACGCAACACAAGCCUCUGCAUCUACCAGCUCAUGCCCGUCAACGCCACGUCAGAGGGAGACGGAAGUAACGGCUGCAGCGGUGUACUGAGUCCGAAGUGCAUGGACUACCUGCGAAGCGUCGUGGUACAAACCAACAUGAGCACACCAGAUGCAUGUGCAGACACACCGCUCGGGCGGUAUCCUCGCGACGCUGCAGAAGCAGCAUGCGGCGCUGAAUUCAAAGGCCAGGCGGAUUCAGCGCGCAUCCAAGACGCAGGCAAUGAUACCUGUACAUACCCAUCUCUACCCAGCAUCGACCUUCCAGAGAACUACCAUACUUUCCAACGUUGGAACGCCCAACUCCCCUGGUACAACUUCGGGGGCAUCGGCGACUUCAGUCCAAACCAGACGUAUGAUCUCAUGGUCGCGCAAUCGGUGCCGUUCAUCGUAGCGGCUCAAUUCAACGACAGCACGCAGCCCGCGCCUGAGAGCGACGUGCAAUUCGUCUGUGUGACUCCGAAGGAUGUGGUAGCGGGCAGUAGAGUUCCUGAAAACAAGACGCCCUGGAACCACACCACUCAGCCAGACUCGGGUGCAGGCGCGAGGCUGGGUCGAGGAGCAGCGGUCGUGCUGGCUAGGGCUGGGGCUGUUAGUCUGACACUCGUGCUGUGA